AUGCCUGCCGUUAAGAAAGCCAAGAGCCCGGUGGCUGCACCCAAAACUCCAGCAAAGGAACCUGGACCGACGCAUCCCAGCUACAAAGAGAUGGUAAAACAAGCCAUAACCGAUCUGAAGGAAAGAAAGGGUGCUUCGAAGAGAGCUAUUCAGAAGUUUAUCCAAGACAAAUGGUCGAUCGAGGAAAGCAGCCGGAGUAAUGCCACCCUCAAUCGGACUCUUCGCUCCAUGCUGGAAUCCAAGGAGCUCCAACAUGCAGUUGGGCAGAAAACGACUGGUGCUCAAGGGAGAUUUCGACUGGCAGGAUCUGGACCAGAAGAAAAGCGAGGACGGCCGAGUAAAUCGUCUUCGCCGACGAAGCCCAAGGCUAAGAAAGCGUCGCCAGUGAAGAGCAGUCCGUCGCCAACCAAGAAGGCAUCGCCCACUAAGAAGGGAAAGAAAUAA